AGAUUUGGCAAAAUGCCAAAAACUGAACGGCGUCGUGAUAGAGAUCGAGACAGAGAUCGAGAAAGGAGAAACAGACGAAAAAGGGAUGAUAGUUACGAUGAUUACGAUGAAGAAGGUGGAAUAUCAGGAUGGAAGCUUGGUUUAGUAUUUGGAGUAAUCGUUGUUUGCUUUGCAAUGCUUUAUCCAACACUUUUCCAUCCAAUGCUAAUGGGAUUCUUGGGUCGUUCACCACCAUCAAGUCCAUCAAUAAACCAACAACGUCCACCAAUUCAUCCAGCAAUGGGUGGGGGAAGUGGACAACGUCAUCCAGGUGGUGGUGCAGAUGUACAUCCAGCAAUGAGAAUGGCUCAAGCACAAGCUGAAAGUCAAUCUGGUGGAUCAAAGGGAAUGUUCACAUGGAUGUUACCUGUAUAUACAAUCGGAGUUGUUUUAUUUCUUUUGUAUACGCUGUUUAAAUCAAAAGGAAAGAAAUCAAAGCGAAAGAAGAGAAAUUAUUUUGAUUCUGAAGACGAUGAUGAUGAAUCUGAAAGUGAGACUAAAUAUGGCGGAAAAUUUGGUAAAAAGAAGCUUGAAGGACUUCAGAAAAGGCUUCGAGAGACUGAAAGUGCAAUGUCUAAGAUUUUAGAACAACUUGAAUCAGUACAAGCUGGCGCUAAUCCUGUCGACUUAGAUGCUGCCGAUAAGAGGUCGGAACAACUUGAAGAAGAUCCAUCAGUUAAAGAAGCAGUUGGAUUAACUGAAACCAAUGAACAAUACAUAAAAGAUCUUGAGGUUGCACUGAAAGAGUUUCAGUCCUUGUCAAAAGAAUAUGAUAAAGCGAAAAUGAAGAAACUGAAAAGAAAAGAUUCUUCGAGUGACGAAGAUGAAGAAGACGAAGAAGAGAAUAGCUCUGAAUUGUCAGAAAUCGAAGAGGAAGAAGAGGAAGUUAAACCAGUGAAAAAGUCAAAAUCAUCCUCCCAAUCAGUUGGAAAAAGGAAGAAUCGACCAAAAAGCACAUCAGAAGAAGAAGAUGAAGGAGAAGAAGAAUCACGAAAAGUUGCAGAAGAUGCUGAAGAAGAAGGAAUUGACAUUGAUUCUGAGAUCCGAGAGCACGCGGAAAAGGAGAAAAAAGAUAAAAAUGUGCGAAGGCGGAGACCUAAAAAGACUUGAAUUCUUCUAGAUUUCUUUCACAAUUUGAUUGUAAAAAUGAGUAAAUUUGACAUUUUUGUUAUAAUUUGAGAUUCCAUUAAAACCAGUAAAAUAAAAAGAAAAACCCUCAAACCCUCAAAUAAUUGCCGCCACCUCUUUCAUUUAAUUUCAAAAACCACGAGCCAACAAAUUAUAAUAAUUUGAUAUAUUUCCACAAAAUCUCGCCUUCAUUGCGUGUAUUUUAUAAUCAUGGAUACGGUAUCCAUAUAGUUAUAGUACACACACCUUCUCUUCCUCAACUUUCAUUUCAUUUUUUAUUUAAACUCCGAUAUUUUAACAACAGUGUGUCAAUUCAAUUCAAUUCAUUUCACAAAUUGCCUUCUCUUUCUCUUUUUGAUUAUUCUAUGUAUGUGCCCAACCCUUAUUUGCCUCAUUUGCUUUUUGAAAUGCAAUAAACGAUUCAUGAAUUU